UGGGCACAGGUGGGUGGCACUGCUGGGCACAGGUGGGUGGCACUGCUGGGCACAGGUAGGUGGCACUUCUGGGCACAGGUGGGUGCACUGCUGGGCACAGGUGGGUGCACUGCUGGGCACAGGUGGGCGGAGCUAGUGGGCGCAUGGCUGGGCACAGGUGGGCGGAACUUGCGGGCGGCACUGCUGGGCACCGAUCAUCAGGGCACUGAUCAUCAGUGCCCUGAUGAUCGGUGCCGAUCCCUGCUCUGACAACUGCCGGUUCUCGGCAGUACUUUCCUCACGAUCUGACAGCGUGAGGAAAGUGCAGCCGAGAACCGGCACUUGCAU